GCAGCUCAUGUUUAAGCUUAGCUAGCGUUAGCCAUUCGCUUCCUCCAUAACAGGAACCCAAUGGAGACUACAGCUCACCCGGAGAAACUGUCUCCGGAGACAUUCACUGACUGAACGUUCCGAUCAUUUAUUCUUAAAGAUAAACCAGCUUAGUGUUGAAUAAUGGCGGAAAGCGACUGUGGCUCCGCUGACCGAUACGAGUUCGAUGCUCCGUCCCACGUCGUCGACUUGAAGGAGCUGGAGAAUAACGACGGUGAUGAUCAGUGGUUCGAACAACAGGUCGGGGGAGCAGAGGGUCGCCUUACUACACCUUUAAGACCUGACUGGCCCUUUAUGAGAAGCAAUUCACCCAACCUGCCCAAAGUCAUCGUGACUCCUCAAGUCAACACGGAUGUAGACAGUGGUCCUGGCACAUCCACAUCUCCACCUCCAAACCUUGUCACAUCCUGGGGAGCUGAGACUGCGACUCGGGCUAAUGGCCGACCAAAGAGGAGGACGGCGAAUCAACCCCCUGCCCAGCCGAGCAGGAUUUCAAAACAUAAAGUGACAACAACCGGUUCAGCUCCAACACAGUCGGCUGCACCACCAUCAAAGAAAUCCAAACCGAGUCCUGUUGCCAGACCAGCUCGAAAAUCCAGUAGUGUCCUCCGCAGAAGUGGACAGACAAAUUCCAGGACUGCACCUAAGACUGGGACAGUAGCUUCCAAAACUGGGAAGACAGAGCUGUGCAGCUCUGAAGAACAGGAGCUGGAGCGCAUCAGGAACCUCCAGAAGGAAGUGGCUCUGCACCGCAGACAGAACGAGGCCAGCUACAAAGCUGCUCUGGCUGGCAAUCCACCCCCGAAGAAGGUGGUCCUGUCCAUGACUGUGCCUAAAGAAUUCAAUUUCACCACAGACAACCGCAUUAAGGCGACUACUUCAUCCAGUACAGCAGAUAAAGAAGUGGACUUCAUCAGUCAGCUUCGCAAACAUUCCUCCCCAGUAAAGGCCAUGAAAGGUGCCACUAUACCCAAACCCUUCAACCUGUCGAGGGGCAACAAGAGAAAGGUGGAGGGGUCAGGAGCCUAUGUGCCCAUGGCUCAGCAGAUUGAGCAGUACCAAAAACGAACCCCUGACCGCUACCAUCUGCGUAGUCGCCAGAGUCAAGAGAGAGGGCCACAUCCAGUGAAGGGCGACCAGCUGAAGCUCACCCAACCUCAUACCCCACACCUGAUGACCCGCCAGAGGAGCCGGCCCACCACUGUGAAGAGCAGUGCUGAGCUGGAGGCUGAAGAGGUGGACCAACUUCACAAGUUUAAAUUCAAGGCUCUGGAGCUCAACAGGAAACUACUGGAAGGUGCAGAGCAUUUGAAGAAGCCAGCCGUGAAGGAACCCACAGUACCUGAAGGCUUUGAGCUGCAGAUUGAAAAAAGGCUCCAGGAGAGACAGAUUUCCAAGAAGUCUGAGGAAGAAGAGAGGCCACAUACCUUUAAAUCCCAGCCUCUGCCCAAAAGGAUCCUGGAAGGAGUCGUGGGAGUGCCAGAAAGGAAAGUUCUGCAUCCAACUGUUCCAGAGUCUCCAGCUUUUGCUCUGAAGAAGAGGGUUCGUGUGGAUCGCAAGGUCGAGGAAGUAAAACAGCCGUCACCAAUCAAGCCCCCCCCAGUGCCUCACUUUGGCCUCCCCUUCCAGCCGCGGCUCCCAGAGCACCACCAUGUGGAGGUCUGUCCUUUCUCCUUUGACGAGAGGGAGCGAGAGAGGAGGGCAAUGAAAGAAAAGAGGCUGGAGGAGAAGAGGAAUGAAGAGGUCCCUCAGUUCAAGGCCCAGCCGCUGCCAGACUUUGAGUCUGUGCUUCUCCCUGAAAAGAAGAAGCUGGAGGCCACAAAGCCGGAGCCCUUCAGACUUCUCCUGGAUGAACGUGGUUCUGUGAAGAACAGUCGCUGGGAGCAGAUGGUGAAAGAAGAGCAGAAGCAACAGGAGGAAGCAGCAACAUUCAAAGCCAGACCCAACACCGUCACUCAUAAAGAACCUUUCCUGCCCAAAAAGCCAGAGCGAGCUGCAGCAGUCACUCACUCUUCCACAGCUGUGGAGAACUUUGAGCUGUCGACGGAGCGACGCGCCCGGGAGCGCCAGGAGUACGAGCGACUGGUCAGCGAGAAGGAGGCUCUUAGUGAGCUCAUGGAGGAGGAGCAGAGACGAGAGGAGGAGCAGCAACAAAAAGAGGAGAUCACCAGGCUGCGGCAAGAACAGGUUCACAAGGCUCAGCCCGUCAAACACUACAAACCUGUUCUGGUUAAGAAGAGUGACGUUCCUCUCACGGUCCCUCACACUCCAAAGUUCUCUGAUCGUUUCCGCCUGUGAUCAAAACUUAUUUCUGUUGGAAAUGUUUGAAAAACCGUUGAAGCAGUUUUUUUUUUUUAUCUCCUUCCUGUUCAGCUUUAGAUUUUAACGACAUGCUGUAUAUAAUCUUCUUGCUACAUAACUCUUAAUAAAAGUCAACAAAAUUA